AUGUCUCAAAGAUACAGAGCAACAAAUGCAGCGCUACGAGACCGUUCAGCUCUCCUGGGUGUGACGCCUCCAGCAUCGGGACGCUCGUCACCGUACCCAGAGCCCUCUGGCCACCGCUACGUGGAUGACCUGGAAGGUCAGAAUGAUGAGGCGUUGGAAGGCCUGGCAGCCAAGGUGAAGCUGCUCAAGGAUAUCACCGUUGGCAUCGGAAACGAGGUCCGAGAGUCGACUGUGCAACUCAGUCAGAUGAAUGACGCAUUUGCGGAAACCUCGGGCAUCCUAGCUGGCACGUUCCAUCGGAUGAACAACAUGGCACAGCGGCAGGGCUGUCGAUGGCUAUGGUACAUUCUAUUUCUCGUACUUGUGUUCUGGUUCUUCAUCAUUGUAUGGUGGUUUCGGCGAUAA